AUGGCCUUCCCGUUUAUGCGAGCAUUUGUCACACUCUUUAUCUAUCGUUAUACCCGUCUUGUGCUCAAUCUGUUCUCCUUUUGGACAUUCAAACCAAUCCCACCUCCGGAGAACCCUAAAUUGACCUCGCAAGAUGUGACGGUGAUCAUUCCAUCCUUGGAGGGUUGCGGUGAUGAAGUGGUGGAGACGAUACAGACCAUCCUCGAUAAUCAACCCUUUGAGGUGCUACUGGUGACAAUUGAGGCCAAUCGCAAAAAGGCCGAACAGAUGCUGAGCGCAAUGCCAGCCUCCAAAUCUCGGAUCCGCUUGUUUACUGUGAAGCAUCCGAAUAAGCGCCGCCAGAUGACACGUGCGAUUCCCGAGGUCCGAACCGCUAUCACUCUUCUCGCCGAUGACGACGUGAGCUGGCCCCGGACUCUGCUUCCUUGGAUUCUGGCACCCUUUGAAAAGGACGAGAAAUAUGGUGGCGUGGUGACAUGCCAGCGAUUGCGCCGGGCCAGUAACCCAAGCCUCUCACAGCGGAUCUGGGGCUUCUUGGGUGCUCUGUACCUGGAACGACGCAAUUUCGACUGCGGCGCGACUACCCAUAUGGACGGUGGACUUCCUUGCAUGUCGGGACGCACGGUUGCGUAUCGAACACAAAUUUUGCAGAACGAGACCUUUGCCUAUGCCUUCACCAAUGAGGAAUGGUGGUGGGGGAAGUACCAACUCAACGCCGACGACGAUAACUUUAUCACCCGGUGGAUGGUCUCGCACGGCUGGGAAACUUAUAUGCAGUACCACCCAGAGGCGGAGGUGCUGACUACUCUCGAAGAUAACCCUCGUUUCUUGAAGCAAUGCGCCCGCUGGUCAAGAAGCAAUUGGCGGAGCAAUCUGACUUCAAUGUUUCACGAGAAGCACAUUUGGCAUCGUCAGCCUUGGAGCGCUUAUGCCGUUCACUUGACAACUUUGUCGCCGCCCGCUCUUGUAGGCGAUCUGUUGCUUGUCUGGUUGUGUCACAAGGCAACGGGUUCAUGGGGAGAGUCUUUACACGCUCAAUGCAUGACUCUCCUUUACAUGUGGAUCUUUACUAGCAAAUGGAUCAAGUUACUGGGUCAUUACCUUCGUUAUCCAGUCGACGUGCUAUUAUUGCCAGUCUCCAUCCUCUUUGGCUAUUUCCACGGCGCCAUCAAGAUGUACGCUGUAAUGACAUUGAAUGUGACAACCUGGGGUAGCCGAGACGGCGCCGAUGAUUAUGACGCUGAGCGUAUGAAGAAGCGGACGGAUGCUGAUCGCAUGAAGCAACCGUACUACCCGCAAUACCUCAUUAAAUGA